GAUCAGUACACAGUCAGCCGUCGCAGUGAGAGGACGCGUGUGAAGUGAUAGUGCCAGGAGCAAGGACACAUAGAUUUUAUUAACAGCGAAUAAAAUGAGAACAUGGAUUAUAAAGUCCUUAAAUCCACUUUGCUUCUCAUCUGCAUAACACAAACAACGGGACAGUUCUUUGAUUUCUUCUCAGCGUUGCAGCCGGUGAUCCAGCACCCAGCUCAAUCCAGAUACCAAUAUGACGUCACGACAAAACGCAUCAGAACACAAACACAGACACAGACACCCAAACGCAACCACGCCAUCUCAUUCAACACAGAUGAAGCAGAGAGGGACAAAACGAGGCGUUUGAAAGCGCAAGCCGACACACGAACUAGUCAUAGAAAUAACAACUAUAGCUCAGAUAGACCUAAGACUACAUUAAGACCCGCACAAAACACCAGAACCACGCAAAAACCUAGACGAAAGAGCACAGUGAAAUCUAGUCAUGACGCUAUUUAUUUUAACAAUGACAGGAAUACAAUUAAUAAUAAAUACACGGACUUCACGACCCAUAACCCGUUUUUAAACGGCGUUCGACCAGCUGUGGCUAAUGGACCACCAAUAACAAAUAAACCGCCCACACACGCGCCUCAGUUUUUCGAAGAUGCAAGCCCGGAGUUGAUUAUUGGACCUGACGAAGAUUAUAUGAGUGAGAUCGAGAAAUUGAGAUAUAUAGAAGUGGCUGAACGAAUGUGCGAUAAGUACAAAGCAUUGGAUGUGAAGCAGUUACAAGCUAUACCAUUGGUGCCAUCACCACGGCCUGUAAGAGUGAACGUGUCAUCCUGUGUUCCUUCGGAGGUGCCGCUGGUAGUUGGCGGGAAAGUGGUCAGCGUUCGCGAGUUUCCCCACAUGGCUCUCCUGGGAUGGCCUAAGAGUGUGUCUGGUGGAUAUGCAUGGAAAUGUGGUGGCAGUCUGCUGAGCGACAGAUACGUUCUGACAGCGGCGCACUGUGCCUACCAGGAUAAGGACAACUCUGUUGUUACAGGUCCACCCCGAGCUGUACAAUUAGGGUCCUCCUAUUUAAAUGACCCUGGGGCCUUAGUCAUUAAAGUGGCAUCUGUGACUAGGCACCCUAAGUAUAAGCUGCCUAAAUCCUACUUCGAUUUAGCCUUAGUCAAGCUGGAGAAGGCUGUGUCUUUCUCCGAAGUAAUAAGACCGGCUUGUCUGGGCAGACCGCCAUCACCAGGCAAACCCAUAAUUGCUACAGGCUGGGGUAGAACUGAAUUCCGUGGCGACCAGUCACUGGAACUCCGCAGUGUAUCAAUACCAGUAUGGGAAAUAUCACAGUGUAGACAGGUUUUGGGCACAUCACGCAAACUGCCGGAAGGACCUCUCAGUGACAGUCAGAUUUGUGCAGGCGAGGUGCAGGGGGGCAAGGACACUUGCCAAGGUGACUCAGGAGGUCCAGCUCAAAUUCAAGAUGGCUGCAUAUGGCGUGUAGUGGCUGUGACGUCACUGGGCAGAGCGUGCGGUGCACCAAACACACCGGCUCUGUAUGCAAAAGUACACCCUGUGUUCGUAGCUUCCAUAGUUUUCAACGGAGAAACAAUCAAACGGGAGUCGAGCACAAACCAGAAUCAGAAUCACAACCAAGAUUCUGGAAUUUAUAAUCGACGUGAAACAACAACAGCAAGAUAUAAUAACAAUCAACAGAAUUAUAAUUUCGGUAGUGGAAAUAAUUAUAAUCAACAUGAUUAUAGCAAUCAGAAUCGCGGACAAAGUGUUUCUACAACUACAAUAAGUAAUUAUGGCAGCAAUUAUAAUAACCGAAAUAAAGCUGGCAGCAAUAGAAGUAGCGGUAACGGUAGUAAUAAUAAUCGUCAGAACAAUAAUUAUGGCAGCACCGAUAACGGUCAGAGCCAUAAUCACUAUGAUUCUGGGUAUUAUAACGGGGAAAACGAUGGUAAAAAGAAUUAUGAGACCAGUAAUAGUAAUACUGGAAAUUAUAAUACGCAAAAACAAGACACGAUUAGCUAUAAACCCGAUUAUAAUCAUUAUAAUACUGAUAGCAAUAAAAGGCAGCAAGGAUAUCCCAACGAUUACAAUCAAGAAUAUUAUAGCAACGGUUAUUAUAAUCAGAAUAAUCAGAAUCAGAAUCAGAAUAAUUAUAAUCGUUAUACUACUGAGGGUUAUAAUAAUUAUGAAAGUAGACCUUAUGAUGGUGAUACUAGACAGGUAGAUGAUGGCAGAAUUUGGUGGACGUAAGCUUCUGAAGCUAGGUUCUAGACCAGACUAAUUAAUACCCAGUAGGCAUUUGAGGUUGAGCAUAUACCUAUAGCUACUUAGCUGUAGGAUUUGAAAAACAGCGUGUAGCAUUGACUAACUAAAAACCCCACUCUCAUUAGAGACGGCCGUCAAAAAAUGUCCGAGCGGCGUCGUAUGAAACAUUCGUUAAAAUUUACACCUUAUUGCGACGCGGUAAUGUUCAAAGUCUAUUGUAUUGCACAUUCAAAAAUUCUUAUGCAUAUGUAGACAGAGAUUUGCGGCAGACAAUUCUUGUGCGUCUGUUUGUUUAACGAAUAUUGAACGUCAAAAGUUUUCAUUGAAAAUUUAAAUCAGUACGACUCUAUCAUCGUUCACAAUUUAUUCUGGCGGUUAUUUCAAUUAUAUUGUAAAUAAAUAAAUUACAUAUAUCUAUGUACUGAAAGUGUGUAAUGUGUAAAUGUAUAAGUCGAUAUACGACGAAAAGAAAUCAUAUAAGUAUGUAAUACGAAAAUAGACUCACUUUAAGACAUCUUGAAUAUUAAUAAUAAAAAAAUUAUCAGUUUCACAAUUGCUGCUUAUGCUCUGUUUAGCAUAACUGUCAGAAUAAAAUAUGAUAAAAUAUGUAUGAAUGUGUGUGUGAGAAAUGCGAAUGUGUUGGGUAGGCUAUCAGUGGCAUUAUCAGCAAGUUUGAAACUGGAUCUGUGUCCUGUCAAUAUUGAUAUUUUUAAGUAACUGUACUUAAUUUAUACUUUUAUGUGAACUUGUAAAUAAAAAUUAAUUUCUUUUUAA